AAAUAUUAAUAAAAAUAAAUUUUCGGAAAAUUUUGGAUACGCAUAUCAAACGGAAAAUUAAUCCAAUUGAAAAAAAAAAAUAGACAUUUUUAUUUUUGAAAGAGCUAAUUAUCGAUUUUUUUAUUUACUUUUUUUUCCAGUAGAAAUAAAGUUAUAUUAAAAAAUAAAUCAAAAUUAUUUUAUGAGCGACAUUUAUAUCUAAAAACUAUAUUAUCUCGAAUAACGCGUAUUCUAAUAUAUUAUCCGUACUCCUCCCAAUAACACGUUACUAAAUCCAAAAAAACAUAUUUUUAUAUUCCUUUUUGGCUUUAGUCACUAAAUCCAAACCCAAAAAGGCGUAUAAUUUUUUUUUAGUAAUUUUAAAUAUUGUGGACUUAUAUUCUAAAGCUGGAAAUUGGGAAAAAAAUUUUGAAAGUCAAAAAGGCAUAUCACUUAAGUGUAAUUACAUUAUACACACUUUUAGCUCUUAAAAUUUUGAACUUCCCGUUGUGAAAAUUUUUAAAAAAAGAAAAGUUAUUGGUUUCUAUUCGAUUUUCGAAUCUUUAGUACGAAUCAACCGAUUUAAACGCUCUUGGCAGCAAAAUUUUUCGAAAAUUUAUUUUUAUUAAUAUUUUUAAAUUAAAGAUUGUUAGAUAACGUCAGCAGAGCUUAUAAAAGUUUCAUUUUUUAAAUUGUCGUUCAGGUAUUGAAAAAAAAAAUUUUUUUUCUAAAUAGACAUUUAGGAUUUGAAGAAACGCGCCAUUUGUUACUUUCAAUACGUAAGUAACUUACAAUCGCCAUCAUUAAUGCCUGGGAAAAAAAUUUGAAAGUUGCAACCACUCUGUAUGUUGUCAUAGUUAAGGCGAAAAAUAUCCGUUGGCGACAGUGGAAGCAUAGAGGAGUGUGAACUUAGGCCAAGUGAAAGGAAAUAUAUUUAAAGUGGUUAAUAGUUCAAUGACAUAUGUAAACAAACAUAAGGGUUAGUAAAUAAAUAUUAAUUUUUAAUUGUUUAUAUAAAAAACAAUGUUGUGCUUGGUGAAGAACUGUUUAUUAAAGUGUGUAGCUUUAAUUAAUGAAUUCAAAUAAAUAAAAUGUUAUUAAAAGUAGUAAUUGUGAUUUAAAAAUUUCUGAUCUGUAGCGUGCAGUGUUAAACGUGAAAUAUUAAUUAAAAGUUGAAUAAAAUUAAGUGAUUUCAAUUAAAGAACAUAUACAAUCACAGACUUUAGGUUAAAUGUACAUAAGUCUGAGGAAAAGUUCAAUUGGUGCACUUGCUAGUACUCUAGCUAAGUAUACUAUUUACGGAUACUACUGGUUAUAAGAUGUUAUAAGGUAGCUAGGACGAAUUCUGGGACAAAUUCACAAAUUCACAAUCAUAUUCAUAUAUGAUAAAAUAUUUAAUUAUUAAUUAACUUUUGUUUAAGAAAUUUAUUAAUCAUAAAUGUUAUAAUUGUAAUAAAUAAUAAAUAAAUAAAUAUACAAGUAAAGAGAGUCAACUCUUGCUCGGUUAUUUUAUAAUUCAUCUCUCAAGUUCAUUUAAAUUUAAUAUUAUAGUUAUUAUUAUUAUUUAAUGGUAUCAUCGUAUCGUCAUUAUGACGCUUGUCCGUCUAUCCGUAAUUUGUCACUAAGAUGAAAUUGAAGUUUUUGGUGGACUCUGGCUGAGGAUACUAUUUUUACAAAGACUGCUGGUUAUAAAGUAUUUACUAGUUAUGGUGAUUAUUAUCUGGGCAAAUCUGCUCGAGGCUGAUUGGAUGUUAAAUUGGAGCAUUACGUUGGAUCCCGGCUGAGGACCUUCUCUUCAUUGCGAGUACUGGCCAUUAAUUUAUGGAUGUACACGCUACAUAAAAAAUUUCCCAAUGAAAUUUUCACGGAUUUAAUGAAGAAUAUAAUUGGAAUACUCCAAGAGACUACGACUCAGGAUUUUGUUCGAUUUUCUCUGUUGGUAAUCGUACAUUUCUCCAUUAUGAUUUCAUUUUCCAAUAUAUUAAUUAAACAAAUUCUGUGAAUUCGUAUUAAAAUAAAACAAAAACAAAUAUAAAUCAAUUCGUACCUUUAGUAACAAUGAAGACUUUGUCCCUUGUUAAUAAAAAAAAAUUGUUUUUAGUGUUCACUUCAUUUAUUCAUUCGUCACCGGUUACCAUCGCAUCAUCACUUGCCACUAUGAUCUCUCCAAACAAAUGGACUUUCAAUGAAGAAUAUGCAAUGGUUCGUUCUCGUCUCCUGGAACAUGGGACGGAUUAUAAGUUUAAUCGUUUACGAGACGAUGACCUUGGCAUAUGGGAAAUUAUUUCUCAAGAAUCAAUUCUCGUAAACGGAAAAAAAGACGCUACGAUGUGCCGGGACCGGUUCUUCGACAUCAUUGAUGAUUUUUUGGUUUAUUUUAACAUGUCAGACAGGCAACGAAUGUCGGUGAACUUGCCUGCACAUUACAUGCUUUUUCAAUAUUACCUCACUCAAUGUGAUGCAGUUUUUUAGAAAAAUUGGGCUGAGUAAAAAUUAAAAGUGAUCUUCAAAAUGAAAAUAAAUAAAAUUUUUUUGGAUUCUUAACAAAUUAAUCAUAUUUGUCGUAACCUAUUACAUAAU